CAAUCUGAGGGACUGAGACCGUUUGCUGGUUCUGGACAGGUAGGCUAUAGUCCUAGAUAGGGACCUACAGUACAGUACAGUUUAGGCGUGUACGAGUUUGUGUGGGAGCCCUUUGGACUUUUAGAGAAUCCCUCUUGGCCCUGUGUUGUGUGACUGUUUUAGCUGCUGAGGUGAURGUGAACCAUCGACCAUGUGUUCGGGUAGCUUUGCCAAGUGUCUGGGUAUCACCCUGAUCCCCCUGGCCAUCCUGUGUGUUCUCUGCAACAUCCUGCUCUUCUUCCCUGGGGGGCUGGUCGCAGAAGACAAUAACCACAUCACCGAGGAGGUGUUUUACUUUGGGGGUAUCAUGGGAUCUGGUGUUAUGAUGAUCUUCCCGGCGCUGGUCUUCCUGGGCCUUAAAAACAAUGACUGCUGCGGUUGCUGUGGCAAUGAGAGUUGUGGAAAGAGAUUUGCGAUGUUCACCUCUAUCAUCUUUGCUGCGGUGGGGGUUCUGGGGGCCGGCUACUCCUUCAUUGUGUCUGCUGUUGCCAUUCAUAACGGACCCAAAUGUCUCUAUACGAAUGGCACAACAGAGUCGUGGACCAACCCGUUUAUCAACGGUGACUACCUGAAUAACCACACCCUGUGGGAGGGCUGUAGAAAGCCUGAAGGCAUCGUGACCUGGCACCUGACUCUGUUCUCCAUGCUGCUGGUCAUGGGUCUGCUGCAGGUUGUGCUCUGUGCCAUCCAGGUCAUCAACGGUCUCAUCGGGGCCAUUUGUGGAGACUGCUGCGGCUGCUGGUGGGGGGGGUAAGAGGACCCUGUUGUA